GAGACCGACCAGCUGGAGGAGGAGAAGUCCGCGCUGCAGGCGGAGAUCGCUAACCUGCUGAAGGAGAAGGAGAAGCUGGAGUUCAUCCUGGCGGCCCACCGGCCCGCCUGCAAGAUGCCCGAGGAGCUGCGCUUCUCCGAGGAGCUCUUCGACGAGCUGCUUUUCUCCACGGGGCCGCGGGAGGCGUCCCGCUCCGUGCCCGACAUGGACCUGCCUGGGGCCUCCUCCUUCUACGCGUCGGACUGGGAGUCGCUGGGCGCCGGGACCAGCGGUGAGCUGGAGCCCCUCUGCACCCCUGUGGUGACCUGCACCCCGUGCCCCAGCACCUACACCUCCACCUUCGUCUUUACCUACCCCGAGGCGGACGCCUUCCCCAGCUGCGCUGCCGCGCACCGGAAGGGCAGCAGCAGCAACGAGCCCUCGUCCGACUCCCUCAGCUCCCCCACCCUCCUGGCCUUGUGAGGGGGCUCCAGUACUGACUGACUUGCCGGGCCCCCUCCCCUGCCCGCGCACCCCCACGGACUCGCCCGCUGUGCCCCAUGGGGCUCCCCGGGCCUGGGGAGGGCCCCGCUGCCGCCACCCCACCCGUCUGGCCUGGUGCCCCGGGGCCUGGCCGAGCACCCUGCACCGAGGCCUCGUACCUCUUCCAGAGAUGUAGCAAAUCGCAUGGAGUUUGUCUCGUCCCCAAUGGCCCAUCCAUGAGAGCUGGUAGUCUGUAGCAUGUCCCACAUGGCUGGGUAGGUGACUCCCUCCCCUCCUUAGUAUCACUAGCAUUAACUAAUUAAUCUCUUGGUUUUAAAUGAUUGGAAUUUAACUUGGUGCUGGGUAUCUCCAACUCGUAUCUAGUGCAGCUGAUUAACAAUAACUACUGUGUUCCUGGCAAUAUCGUGUUCUGAUGACUUAGCGAUGACCCAUCUUACGUGGGGGGAAAGAGACUCUAUUUUAUUUUCUAGUAGGUAGAUAAAUAGCUAUAUCCAUGUACUGUAGUUCUACAUUGAUGUUCAUUGUACCUUUACUGAUCAUGCAUUGUUGAGGUGGUCUGAAUGUUCUGACAUAAGUUUUCCAUGAAAACGUUUUUAUUGUGUUUUUAAUUUAUUUAUUAAGAUGGAUUCUCAGAUAUUUAUAUUUUUAUUUUAUUUUUUUCUACCUUGAGGUCUUUUUUGACAUGUGGAAAGUGAAUUUGGAUGAAACUUAAGCAUUGUUUGCUUAUUAUUGUUCAGAGACAUUGUCAAUAAAAGCAUUUAAGUUGACUGCU